AUGGAGGAUUUUGUGGUUGCGUUCCUUGGCCCACCUGGAACUUUUUGUCAUCAGGCAGCGCACGAGCGCUUUGGAAGCUCAACUAGCUACAAAUCCUGUUCUACGAUACGCGCCGUGUUUGAGGCUGUCGCGUCAAGAACUGUUAACUUUGGCGUUGUGCCCCAAGAGAAUAGCUUUUUUGGCAGUGUUAUCGAAACUUAUGAUGCUUUUCGAGACGAGCAGCCAGGAUUUGUGCUAGACGAGAUCAUUCUCCCAGUUCAGCACUGUUUACUCGCACCGCAAGGCGUAAAACCCUCUGACAUUCGCCGAAUACAGAGCCACGAGCAGGCCAUUGGCCAAUGCCGGACCUUCUUGUCGCAGUACUUCCCUUCAGCAUCUUUGGAAAAGGUCUCAUCGACAGCGGCAGCGGCGGAAGCCGUUUUGAAGCAUUGUGACUCGGCUGCUAUUUGCUCGAGGAUAUGCACUGUCGUGUUUGACGGACUGCAAGUUUUAUUCCAAAAUAUUCAGGACCAUCAGAAUAAUAGGACGCGUUUCUAUGUGCUUGCUCCCGACGCAACUUCCCAACUGCCGCUACCCAGGCCUAUUUCGUCAAAGGGCCUAAUUCGAAUAUUACCAACGGACUCGCGGAGGAUAGCGAUGGCACUGGCGACUCUAAGCUUGCCUGUCUCACGGAUUGAUCGACGACCCGACACAAAAAGUUUAGAGCCAUUCCAAGAUGUUUAUUUUGUGGAGGUCGAGGAGACUGAUGUGGGUGAAGUCGUUCAAGGAAUUCAACGUCUUCAGUCAACGAAGGUCGAAGCUAAGCUCCUUGGACUCUGGUAA